AAUCGCUUGAUUGAACAAGUAAUCUAGAAUGAUGUUGAACAAUUCAACAAAACAAUAUUAUUAGUGGUAGUAAUGCUAUCAAGUUUGAUAUUUUUAUCACAGAAGUAGGAAAUAUGUCAUAUGGUAUUACUACGGUCCUGGACCACUAAGGAUCACCAUGGUCCUGUACCACAUAUUACAUGUUUACACAAAAAGUUCACCUUUAGAUUUUUCUCUGAGGGAUAGUACUUGUGUGGUAAACCAACGCAUACAAGUAUACGACUAAUCAAAGACUGUACAUGUCCCUUUACAUUAGACUCAUCCCUUACUCCUGUCCCACUUCCACAACAGUUUGUUGAGUUUUCUUCUCUUCAAUUCUCUAGUCAUCAGUUUCCUCUUGCUUGGGCAAAACAAUGGUGCAUAAUAUCUUAAUGCCAUUUCUUUGGUUCUUAUUAUUCUCCCACAUGACAAGAACUUCCACUUCAUUACACACUUUAGCAGUGAACCAAACGAUCCGGGAUGGUGGUGGUGAGAGUUUAGUUUCAGUAGGUGGGAUCACUGAAUUGGGUUUCUUCAGCCCCGGGAGUUCAAAAAGUCGAUAUUUGGGUGUAUGGUACAGGAAUGUAACCCCCUUAACAGUGAUAUGGGUGGCCAAUAGAGAAACACCUCUACAAAACCAUUCAGGAGUGUUAAAGCUCAAUGCAAAUGGGAUUUUUCAGCUUCUCAAUGGCCCUGCUAACAGCGCUAUAAUUUGGUCAUCCAAUACAACAAGCAUAGCCGGGAAUCUGAAUAACCCUAUCGCUCAGCUCCUGGAUUCAGGAAAUUUGGUAGUGAAAAAUGGACAGCAAACUGAUGAAUUUUUGUGGCAGAGUUUUGAUUAUCCCUCUGAUACAUUGAUGUCCGGAAUGAAACUUGGAUGGAACUUUGAAAUUGGCCUAGAAAGAUUCACAUCAUCAUGGAAAAGUGAUGAUGACCCUGCUGAGGGAGAAUAUGCUAUGAAACUUGACCUUAGAGGAUAUCCCCAGAUAAUUACAUUAAAAGGGUCUGAUAUAGAUAUUAGAGCAGGGCCAUGGCUCGGUGAGUUCAUCGCUGGAUCUCAAGGACCAACUCCAGGAGCGACGCAAAGAUUUGUGUUCAAUGAAAAAGAAGUGUAUUAUGAAUACCAGAGUAAUGAAAGCUCAACUAUCGCCUUAAAUAAACUGGCUCCUUCAGGUGCUGAGCAGAUUCUGUAUUGGUCCGUUGGAUCGAGCAAAAGGCAAGUGUACUCAAAUGGGAAGGAUGAAUGCGAAGACUACGCCUAUUGUGGUAAAAAUUCUAUAUGCACCAUGGAUGGUAACAUUCCAACUUGUGCGUGCUUGAAAGCGUAUGUUCCCAAGAUUCCUCAACAGUGGAAGCUGUCUCACUGGAAAGACGGUUGUAUUCCGAGGAAUGGAUCUAAUUGCAAAAACAGUACCACGUACAAAACAGAGGGGUUCUUCAAGUACACACACAUGAAGUAUCCAGAUACGUCUUCAUCAUGGUUUGAUAAGAGCACGAACCUUGAGGAAUGUAAGGCGUUGUGUCUCAGAAACUGUUCCUGUGUAGCCUGUGCUAAUUUAGAUACCCGCAAUGGGGGAACUGGGUGUCUUCUUUGGUUUAAUUAUCUGGUUGAUGUGAGGGAAUUCUCUAAAUGGGGACAAGAUCUUUAUGUCAAAGCCCCUCUUUCAGAACUAGAUCAAGUCGCAGUAGAUAACCAUGGAAACAUCAAGAAGAAGAUAGUCGGAAUCACAGUUGUUGUGAUUAUUAUUAUUGGAUUAAUUACAUGUGGAUCGAUAUGGAUGAUUAAAAAACCAGGGGCUGCAAGAAAUACUUUCAAUUUCAACAAGCGUUACGUAAGAAACCUAAGGAAGGAAGAUGAUGACUUGACAACAUUUGAUUUCUCGAUCUUGGCUUAUGCCACUAACAACUUUUCAAGCAGUAACAAACUUGGAGAAGGUGGUUUUGGACCAGUAUACAAGGGAAUGUUGAUAGAUGGACAAGAGAUAGCUGUGAAAAGACUUUCAAAAAGAUCUGGACAAGGCUUGGAAGAAUUUAAAAAUGAAGUGGCACUGAUUGCAAAACUUCAGCACCGUAAUCUCAUAAAGCUUCUUGGUUGUUGUAUUCAAGGAGAAGAAACAAUGUUGAUCUAUGAAUACAUGCCGAACAAAAGCUUGGACUACUUUGUUUUUGAUGACACCAAAACGAUGUCACUGGAUUGGCUUAGGCGUUUCAAUAUUAUUGGUAGCAUUGCUCGAGGACUUCUUUAUCUUCAUCAAGACUCAAGAGUGAGGAUUAUUCACAGAGAUCUAAAAACUAGCAAUAUAUUACUAGACGUAAAUUUGGAGCCGAAAAUAUCAGACUUUGGCUUGGCUCGAAUCUUUUUGGGGGAUCAAAUCGAGGCAAACACAAAUAGAGUGGCUGGAACUUAUGGCUACAUAUCUCCAGAGUAUGCUGUCCACGGGGAUUUCUCAGUGAAAUCAGAUGUAUUUAGUUAUGGUGUGAUUGUACUAGAGAUUGUAAGUGGGAAACGGAAUAGGGGAUUUUCAAACCUCGAGCAGUGCAAUAAUCUUCUUGGAUAUGCAUGGAGAUUAUGGACGGAAGAGAGAGCCCUAGAACUAUUGGAUGAAGUGUUACGUGAACAAUAUACAGCAUUUGAAGUCAUACGAAGUAUACAGGUGGGCUUGUUAUGUGUGCAACAAAGACCAGAAGAUAGACCAGACAUGUCAUCUGUGGUUCUAAUGCUAAAUGGUCAGCAACUAUUGCCAGAGCCAAAGGUUCCUGGCUUUUACACUGAAAAGGAUUUAAGUACCGAAUCAGAUUCUUCACUCGCAACUCACAAAUUCUGCUCAUCUAAUGAAAUAUCCAUUACACAGUUAGAUGCAAGAUAGGAUAUUCAGAGAAUGAAAUCACAAGUCUUCAGCUUCCAACGAGGGAUAAAUAGGUUAUCCGGGCAUACAUAGUUUGUGAAAUAGCUAAUGUUUUUACUAUUAUGAACCUGUGUUUUAUCUGUCUAGUAUAUCCAGUCAUGCAUGAGAUAAACAAAAUUGUGCAUAAGGACAAUAAACUCAAUUGCUAUUUGUACUAGAAACGUUUCUAGCUAUUUACAUUUAUAUAAUUCAUAUUGGA